AUGCGAUUCACCGAAGAUAUCAAUUAUCCUCCUCCUCCCUAUAUGUACUCCUGCACGAUCGAGGCGGAUGCUAAGGUUUGGCAGAAGAAGGACGGCGGUAUGGAGUCGAUUAAGAAGGCCUUCCGGUCGAUGUUUGGGCGGAAGAAGCGAGAGCAGAUGGAAUCGAGGAUGUCGACGACAACGACCAAGGUGAAGAGUCCGAGGAGUCAAGCCACCGAGUCGGCAAGGGCAGAUCCGCUACCGCCCACGCAUCCGCUUGUUAGUCGACGGGAGGCCGAGAAGAGGUUAUCAUCUGUUCCGCAGGGUCGGAGAGACUUAGGGGUAACUGGGUACCGCGCUUCUGUACCAGCAGCAGCAGCUUCAGAUACAUUGGCUAUUGCGCAGGAGAACAUACAUCCAGCUAUCAGAAACUCGCCUCCAAGGAUGGAAGGGAAUUUCGUAGGGUCAGCGAUCACAAGCGAUAGAAGAGAAUCACGAGCUCCUGCUCCUCCGCCCAAGGACGAGGGUGUCGCGGAGGCUGUGAUAGCUGCGCCACCAGAGGCAGCAGCAGCAGCUGCUGCUGCUGCUCCAGCAGUGAGUGAAGCACAACCAGUACACAUAGAGUCAACUGGUGAACCGGAAGUAGAGCCACAGAGCAAGGCCGAAGAACCCCCAACAUCAAUGGAACCCGUCGAGCCAUUGAACAUCGUGAAGACAGCCAAUCCUGCUGCAGUCGCAGACACAGAUCCAGCCGAGCAGACGACAACCAUCGAGCCCUCGAAAGAAAACGUCAAGCCGAAUGGUACACCAGCACUAGCCCUCUACUCGGACGAUAAGAUGUUGGUGGAUGAAGAGCACCCGCCACCAGCUAUCAAGCCCAUCAAAGCUGCGCCCGGCAUGAGCGCGACAUCUGGACCGCUGGAGGACUUUCCUGAGGGUGAAUUCCGUUGA